AGUCACGUGACGAAGUCACGUGGCAUACAGGAAGUUGAGCGAUGUUUCCCAUUCUAGCGCUUGUCCGUACAUUGCGACGCGCAGCCGCAUAAUGACUCUCCUUUGUUUACACGAGACCCGAAAAAUAGAAAUUAUGAAAACGAUUACCCGCCUGGUGAAGUUACUGAGGUAAUAUCCAGCCUUUUGUUUCCCGUGUGACCGUCCAAACGUCCCCAUGGCAUCAUCGAGGUGCGCUCAGGAGCUUUCUUCAGAGAAGGACAGGCUCCUCUCAUCCAUGAGUCUCAGUUAUGGGUCUCAGGACCUUCUUGGGGUUACAUCAACGAGCUCUGAUCUCCACCAGCAACUGGAAGAGGAAGAGGAAGAAGCCCUGAGGAGGAAGCUCAAAUAUUUCUUCAUGAGCCCUUGUGACAAGUACCAUGCCAAGGGACGCAAACCAUUCAAGUUGGGCCUACAACUGCUCAAAAUCAUCAUUGUCACAGUGCAGUUGGUGCUGUUUGGGCUGAGCAACCAGAUGGUUGUGACCUUUAAAGAGGAAAACACGGCGGCAUUCAAACAUCUCUUCCUGAAAGAUUACCAGGACGACACUCCUCAGGCUGUUCACGUGCAGAAAGAGCUGCACAGCCACAUCGACUUUGCCGUCGAGCAGUAUCUAGCUCUGCCUCAGAUCUCACUGGGAAAAUAUGCCUACGUGCAAGGCGUGGGCUUCAACGGAAGUGCACUCUCACUCUGCCAGAGGCACUACAAGAGGGGCACCAUCGUCCCCGUCAAUGACACUUUUGACAUCGAUCCUCAUGUUGUCACCGACUGCAUCGGACUGGAUCCGCCGAGCUUCGGUUCCGCUCCUGGAAAGAGUGACUACAAAAACUUCACUCUCAAUUUUUACAAGCUGAUCAAUGUAACGAUUGACUUCCAGCUGAAGGCCAUCAACAUUCAGACCAUCAUCAAUAAUGAGAUACCAAACUGCUACACCUUUGCUAUCACGAUUCUCAUGGAUAACCGAGCUCACAGCGGCAAAAUGAAGAUCAGUUUACAGAACCGGGCCUCCAUAAAGGAAUGUAAGGACCCCAACGUUUCCGGACAUGCGGAGAACUACGCCCGAGAGUUCUUUGACGUGUUGGUUGCCCUGGUUUGUCUGCUUUCUCUGCUUCUGUGUGGCCGCUCCAUCCUCAGAGGUGUCCUUCUGCAACACGAAUACGCCCAGUUUUUCCAGACCAGACUUGGCCGCGGCGUAAGCUGGGGAGACCGACUGGAGUUUGUCAACGGCUGGUAUAUUCUGCUCAUUGUCAGCGACAUGUUUACCAUCAUCGGCAGCUUCAUCAAAAUUGGAAUUGAAUCCAAGAAUUUGUCAUCGUACGAUUCGUGCGCAAUCCUGCUGGGAACGUCCACGCUGUUGGUGUGGGUGGGAGUCAUUCGUUAUCUCAGCUUCUUUCAGAAAUACAACGUAAGGACACGUUCACACCCCCAAAACGUCACUCGCCACGCGUUUUGCCGUAUCUCUCCACCUGAAGGAAUAGGAAUCCUUUCCUCCCUUUUCUGUUUUUCACCCCAGAUCUUGAUUGUGACGCUCAGAGCCGCCUUCCCUAAUGUCAUCCGCUUCUGUUGCUGUGCGGCGGCCAUAUAUUUGGGAUACUGCUUCUGCGGGUGGAUUGUCCUGGGGCCGUAUCAUACCAAGUUUCGCUCCUUGCCCAUGGUAUCGGAGUGCCUCUUUUCUCUGAUCAACGGAGACGACAUGUUUGUGACCUUCGCUGAGAUGGAGCAGACCGGCACGCUGGUGUGGAUCUUCAGCCAGGUCUACCUUUACACCUUCAUCUCCCUCUUCAUCUACAUGGUGUUGUCGCUCUUCAUCGCGCUCAUCACCGGAGCCUACGACACCAUUAUGGCCCAAACGCAGGAACAGGUACGGGUCAGCGAUCUUCACACGUUCAUCGCCGAGUGCACAGACACGCCCAGCUCUGGCAAGUUCCGCGGUCCCGAGGGGUCGUCGUGCUCCUUUUUCUGCUGCUGCGAUUGAAUUCUGAGCAGGGAGGAUGAUGAUGAUGAUGAUGAUGAUGAUGAUGAUGACGCCUGUGCAGAGAAGCGACUGACCUUGAACCACGCUGUCCUCUGUCCCGCUGAUGUUCAGAUGUCGCACUCCAUAUCCCGCUGUUACAGUAGCACUUUCAAACACAGAAACUCGGGCCGAUUUGGCUUUUGUUCUGCGGGAAUAAUUCCUCGCCAGCUAGCUUUUCGUCACCGAUGAACUAAAGCUGUUAUUUUAUCUUUCCUUUUACACUCGUUUUAAGAUUUUGUUUUCGGUGUCUUCUAAAUCUUAUUAUAUGUACACGCACGUAGAAUAUACUGUCCAUCGUGUACUGUAUGUUAAAUGCCUUCUGUAACAUUUACAGUCAAGGCUGUUGCUUCAUGUUCUCUUCCACCGCCCCCCACCCCCCCUCUUUGUUCUUGUUCUCCCUUGGCUGAAAAUUUUUGAUGGCUGCACGCGCAAGGACGAGCCCUGCAGCCAGCCGCUGAUUCAUCAAUAUGUAUGAACUGUAAAAAGACUGCACACCAGUGCACAGAGCCUUUCUGACUAUUUGCUUCCAAAGUGCUGUGUGCAGGUGGUGAAUCCCCUGCAGGAAAAGACAACUGUCAGAUUCCCCCCCCCCCCCCCCCACCCCUUCCAAUGGACAUUUUGCUAAGCCUAACAUUUUAGACUAGGUUCAUGUGAUUUUUAUUUUUUUAAAA